UCGAGCAGUUUUUGUUGACGCCUUGACGCGUGCUGAGGCUAUACGCGCCUUGAGGAAACGAAGGAAACACCAAAAAAAAAAAAACAUACAAUCGUGAUUUAUACUGCGAUUCUUUUAAACGUUUACUUCAUUCAUUGAACUGAAUUGAUUAUAAUAUUAUAUUUAUAAAAAAAAAAACAAUGGCCGAAGAGGAACAGAUGCCAAUCAUUCCGGUGAAGGAGCCCUUGGAUUUGAUUCGCCUCAGUUUGGAUGAGAAAAUCUACGUUAAAAUGCGAAACGAACGUGAGCUGAGAGGACGUCUACACGCGUUUGACCAACAUCUGAACAUGGUACUGGGAGAUGCAGAGGAAACGGUAACAACGGUGGAAAUCGACGAAGAAACCUACGAAGAGGUGUACAAGACUACGAAGCGCACCAUUCCUAUGCUGUUCGUUCGAGGGGAUGGCGUCAUCCUUGUUUCCCCGCCGAUGCGCGUAGGUAGCUAAGCCCCAGAAGUUCGGAUCGUUACACGUAAGACACUAAUAAAUUACAUGCUCUCAACGGAUUGAACAUUGCUUAA